AUGCAUGGGUACGUACCUCCUAGUCAGCGGCUAUUCCACACUAGGCAUAGGAUAACAAGAGAAGAUUUGAAAGAAGAGCCCUUACGUGUUGGGACCACGGAUUGGACGACAAUUCUGGACACGACGAUAGAUAAGGACACCAAUCUGAUCAGUUACGCUGUCCCCAUAAUAGAUAACUUUUCUAUUCCUCGAGCAAACUCUCAAGAGUGUGCCGCAGCUCUCACGCCAAAUAAUCGAUCGACAAUAUAUUCCUCUUCUUCUUCUUCUGCGUCUUCUGUGUUUUCGGAUGGUUUGUUUACCGCGAAUACCAACAGAAACUCAUCAGGAUCAUCUUCGUUAGUGAUCAAACCACAAAAGAAUCUGAGUGUAGAUUCACUGAUUCAGGAAAACAAGAGGAAAAUAAAUAAUGAAAAAGAGUCAUUAUCAUUAAUUUCCAGUAAUAAAAAUGAAACCUUGUGUAGUAGUACGGAUCCGUCCAUACAAAAUCUGAUCAGGUCACAAACAAAGAGAAACAUUUUAAAUUUGAAGUUUCAAAAUAGGAAUUUAUUUAGAAGAGAAUUAAGAUUAGAGAAGUUUUGGAGUAAUUUGAGAAGUCACCAUACGUCUGAUGAUGAUAGCGAUCUGCUACUAGUGAUAAAGAAGCAUAAUUUGUAUUGGUUUGGAAUACCGAAUGAUUUUCGUCUUCCUAUAUACAAGAGAUGUUUGUAUCAUUAUAGCGAACUAGACGAGGCCGCAUCUUUCAACCAGUACGCUAAAAACUCACUGUAUUUAGCGAUAAGAAAAUGCUGCAAUAAUGAAGAGCAGGAGACUUUAUCUCGGGCCAUCUUUAUCAAUUUAACGAAAAGCGUUACUUGGUUGAACAGUCGUUUUGAUGACAAUAAGAACAAUAGGGGCGGUUAUGCAGUUACUGAAGGAAAAUUCUACCAGGACUUUCCCAACUUAUUCUAUCACUUGAAGGACAAAUUAAAACUGAACGUUAUAGUGGACUUUAUCAAGCCUGUAAUAAGAAACUUUAUAGUCAAUACACUAAACAAGCACAAAUUGGAUGGUAUUGGCCUAGAACUCCUAGAUAUUCUAAUAGUUAUUGCUUACUAUGGUUCCGACAAAAUCAAUGCUUUCUUAAUGGAUACAUUUAUGCUAAACUUGUUGAAACAGUGUCAUUACAAGUUUUUUGUCAGUAAUAUAUCUGAGAUGGUUAUUCAGAUUUCAAGGAUCGAUUGCGACCUUGUCAUUUUGUUGGAAGAUCUACGAUCACAGGUUUAUUUAGAUUGA